UUUACUCAAAACGCGCGAAUGUGAGACCUCAUCGUUCCUUUUUACCCCAGCUCAUAGUCAUACCGCGGUCUGGACUCACAGCCCAGCUCAGUCAUACCGCGGUCUGGACUCACAGCCCAGCUCAGUCAUACCGCGGUCUGGACUCACAGCCCAGCUCAGUCAUACCGCGGUCUGGACUCACAGGCGAGGAGAGGAGAAACGUUUAGCCCUCCCCAGCUCAGUCAUACCGCGGUCUGGACUCACAGCCCAGCUCAGUCAUACCGCGGUCUGGACUCACAGGCGAGGAGAGGAGAAACGUUUAGCCCUCCCCAGCUCAGUCAUACCGCGGUCUGGACUCACAGCCCAGCUCAGUCAUACCGCGGUCUGGACUCACAGGCGAGGAGAGGAGAAACGUUUAGCCCUCCCCAGCUCAGUCAUACCGCGGUCUGGACUCACAGGCUAGGAGAGGAGAAACGUUUAGCCCUCCCCAGCUCAGUCAUACCGUCUGGACUCACAGGCUAGGAGAGGAGAAACGUUUAGCCCUCCCCAGCUCAGUCAUACCGCGGUCUGGACUCACAGGCUAGGAGAAACUUGCUAUAGCCUACUACUCUUUGUGUUUAAAAAUCCGGGGAAUAUCCAGGAAGAAGCCAAAUGUUGUCGAAUCGAACAGAGGACCAUACAUCUUGCUUAAAGUGGAGUGAUUUGGAUCUGUAAAUUCAUACAAAACGAGCCCUGUCUUGAGUUGAAACCAGCGCUGUUAUGGGUUUGGAGUUAUUCUUGAUAUUUUUCUGUGCGUCGAGUAUAAGUUAGCUAGGUAGGUUUGUUAUACGCUAAUCGGUGUUUUGACGUCUGUAUUGAGUCAGCGUCAUGACUUCUGGCUAUGCGCAUGUAAUGGACAGACAAGACUCACUGACGAGCCGCCUGGAGAGCCCGAUAUCAGCCAAACUGGAAACACUGCAGGCCAAGAAAAACUUCUCUGUCAGUCACCUGUUGGAUCUGGAGGAGGUGCGGGAGAUGGUAGGGGUUCAGGCCAAUGAGAGCGCCGGGGAUGCGGGAAGGAGCGUGGUGGAGUCCCCGGGGCUGACCAGCGGCAGCGAUACGACGCAGCAGGAGAAUGAGCAUGUGAGUUCUGAGGAGAAGAAGAGGAAGCAUCGUCGUAACAGAACAACCUUCAACAGCAGUCAGCUGCAGGCACUAGAGAGAGUGUUUGAGAGGACACACUACCCUGACGCCUUUGUACGGGAGGACCUGGCACGCAGGGUUAACCUCAUUGAGACACGGGUACAGGUGUGGUUUCAGAACAGGAGGGCUAAGUUCCGUCGUAACGAGCGUGCUAUGCUAGCCAGUAAAAAUUCCUCCAUGAUAAAGUCCUACUCUCGUGACCUCAUGGCAGUGGAGCAGCCAAUCGCACCUCGACCCAACGACUACCUGUCCUGGGGCUCCUCUUCACCCUACAGUGCCAUGGCAGCGUACCCCCCCACCUGUUCUCCCACCACCUCAGCCCAGGGGAUGAACAUGGCUAACAGCAUCGCUAACCUCCGGCUCAAAGCCAAGGAGUACAGCCUCAACCAGGUGCCUACUGUCAACUGAUGAAGAGGAGGAAGAUUAAUGCUUCUCCUAAAGUCUAGAGAGUUCUACAGAGAAAUCACGUUUACCAAAGGACGACACAACAAGCAGUUCAAACUGCAGUCUUUGUUUUUAACGUCAUAAUUUCAAUGAAUGUAUUUAGUGUGUUUUUAUGUGCGUGAUCGUCUACAGAAAACUGCUCCUACACGCGAGAGACAUUUGAGAGCAUAUCCUGUCCAGCUAAGUAGCCACGAUGGCCAAUGAACCAGAGGGUAACUGACUGUAUUCAUCAUUGUUAUACAGUUUUACUAUCAACGUCCUCUCCUCACUCUGGCACCAACAGGAUAUGUGCCACCUUUGCCUUAGAAUUUCAGAAUUUCAAACAUUUGGGGACUUUUGGGAGACUUGUAUUGAUAUCUAUAUUUUUGGGCUGGUUUUGAAAACUUUUGGAAAAAAUUUUUUGUUGAAUUAUUUUGAGAACUCUGGACUUAUGAUUAAUUCUAACCCGAAACAAAGACACAUACAGUCAGACAAACUUUUCUAACCCUAACCCUUUUCCCAGCACUGGCCUGAGGAGCCAAGCCUUCUCUCCUAGAGUUAUAUUAGGAGCCAAGCCUUCUCUCCUGGGGUUAUAUGAGGAGCCAAGCCUUCUCUCCUGGGGUUAUAUUAGGAGCCAAGCCUUCUCUCCUGGGAUUAUAUUAGGAGCCAAGCCUUCUCUCCUGGGGUUAUAUUAGGAGCCAAGCCUUCUCUCCUGGGGUUAUAUUAGGAGCCAAGCCUUCUCUCCUGGGGUUAUAUUAGGAGCCAAGCCUUCUCUCCUGGGGUUAUAUUAGGAGCCAAGCCUUCUCUCCUGGGGUUAUAUGAGGAGCUAAGCCUUCUCUCCUAGAGUUAUAUUAGGAGCCAAGCCUUCUCUCCUGGGGUUAUAUGAGGAGCCAAGCCUUCUCUCCUGGGGUUAUAUGAGGAGCCAAGCCUUCUCUCCUGGGGUUAUAUUAGGAGCCAAGCCUUCUCUCCUGGGGUUAUAUUAGGAGCCAAGCCUUCUCUCCUGGGGUUAUAUUAGGAGCCAAGCCUUCUCUCCUGGGGUUAUAUUAGGAGCCAAGCCUUCUCUCCUGGGGUUAUAUUAGGAGCCAAGCCUUCUCUCCUGGGGUUAUAUGAGGAGCCAAGCCUUCUCUCCUGGGGUUAUAAUAUACUAAUAGGGAACGUGAGCUGGGUUUAGACCGUUGUGAGACAGGUUAGUUUUGCCCUACUGAUGAUGUGUUGUUGCAAUAUGGAGACUCUCACGACUCUUUACGGCCCCCACAAGUGUCACGGAACUCAUCUGAAGGUAACCUGGAAACGCUUUAAAAAAUGAAUGGAAGUAUACUGAACACAACAUGUAAAGUGUUGGUCCCAUUUUUUGAUGAGCUGAAAUAAAAGAUCACAGAAAUGUUCCAUGUACAAAAA